AUGCGCGGCCCCCUCCUCCUGCUGCUGGCGCUGUGCGCAGCGCGCCGGGGGUCCGCGGCUGAGCGCUGCAGCUUGCGGGGAAGCUGGAGGCUGCGCGCCGGGAACGGCUCCCUGGAGCUGCCCGCCACCGUCCCCGGCUGCGUGCACAGUGCCCUGCUCGGACAGGGGCUCAUCCAGGACCCUUACUACCGAUUCAAUGACCGUAACUACAGAUGGGUCUCCUUAGAUAACUGGAUCUACAGCAAGAAGUUCAAAGUGCCCUUUAAUAUUAGCCAAUGGCAGAAAGUAAAUUUGAUUUUUGAAGGAGUUGAUACCGUUGCAAAAAUCCUGUUCAAUGAAGUUGCCCUUGGGACAACAGAUAACAUGUUCCGUUCAUAUAGCUUUGAUAUUACCAACAUAGUCAAAGACGUGAACUCCAUUGAGGUGCGCUUCCAGUCUGCGGUGCAGUACGCAGCAUGGCAGAGCAAGAGUCACGCUGGCUACCAGGUGCCCCCAGAGUGCCCCCCGCCCCAGCAGAAGGGGGAGUGCCACGUCAACUUUAUCAGAAAGGCGCAGUGUUCCUUUAGUUGGGACUUCGGUCCUUCCUUUCCUACCCAGGGGAUCUGGAAAGAUGUUAGAAUUGAAGCCUAUAAUAUUUGCCAGCUGAAUUACCUCACAUUUGCACCAUUAUAUGAUAACAUGGCCCAGGAGUGGCGUCUUGAGAUUGAGGCCUCUUUUGAUGUUGUCAGCAUGAAGCCCAUUGGUGGUCAGGUGACUGUGGCUAUCCCGAAACUGCAGGUACAGCAGGUGCGCAACAUUGAGCUCCAGCCUCGGAAGAAGAUUGUUAAACUACUUGUGAAAGUUAACAAGAGCAUUGCUGUGGAAAUGUGGUGGCCUCAUGGACACGGAAACCAGACGGGGUACAACAUGACAGUUCUUUUUGUACUGGAUGGAGGCUUAAAUUUUGAAAAAUCAACUAAGGUUUAUUUUAGGACAGUAGAACUUAUAGAAGAGCCUAUUGAAGGGUCUCCCGGUCUGAGUUUCUACUUCAAGAUUAAUGGAUUACCUAUAUUUCUGAAAGGUUCAAACUGGAUCCCAGCAGAUUCGUUCCAGGAUAAAGUGACCUCUGACUUAUUGCAGCUCCUUUUGCAAUCUGUUGUGGAUGCUAACAUGAAUGUCCUCCGGGUGUGGGGAGGAGGCGUGUAUGAGCAGGAUGAGUUCUAUGACCUUUGCGACAAACUAGGAAUAAUGGUGUGGCAGGAUUUUAUGUUUGCCUGUGCCCUCUAUCCAACUGAUCCAAGCUUUGUGGUGUCAGUGAGAGCAGAAGUUGCUUACCAGGUCAGGAGACUGAAAUCUCAUCCCUCUGUUAUCAUAUGGAGUGGCAAUAAUGAAAAUGAAGCAGCUCUGAUGAAUAAUUGGUAUGCUAUAAAUCCCAGUGACAUGCCAACCUACAUCAAUGACUAUGUGACGCUCUAUGUGAAAAACAUCAGAGAAGUUGUCUUCACCGAAGAUAAGAGUCGUCCUUUUAUUGUAUCCAGUCCUACAAAUGGGGCCGAGACCAUUGCAGAAGGCUGGGUCUCUGAAAACCCCUACAGUACCCAUUAUGGUGAUGUACAUUUUUAUGACUAUGAGAACGAUUGCUGGGAUUGGACAGUUUUCCCCAAAGCUCGAUUUGUAUCUGAAUAUGGAUAUCAGUCCUGGCCUUCAUUUAGCACCCUAGAGAAGGUCUCAACUAAAGAAGACUGGUCUAACACCAGCCAGUUUUCCUUACAUCGACAACAUCAUGAAAAUGGUAAUAUUCAAAUGCUUCAACAGGCUGAACUUCACUUCAAACUUCCCCAGAGCACAGAUCCAUUGCGUGCAUUUAAAGAUACUAUCUACCUUACUCAGGUGAUGCAGGCCCAGUGUGUCAAAACAGAAACAGAAUUCUACAGGCGCAGCCGCAGUGAGAUAGUGGAUACAGAAGGCCACACCAUGGGGGCACUUUAUUGGCAGUUGAAUGACAUCUGGCAGGCUCCUUCCUGGGCCUCUUUAGAGUACGGAGGGAAGUGGAAAAUGCUGCACUACUUUGCCCGGCAUUUCUUCGCUCCGCUCUUGCCGGUAGGCUUUGAGGAUCACGAUGUACUUUAUAUCUACGGGGUAUCUGAUCUUCACACGGACUGUAACGCCACACUCACUGUAAGACUCCAUGCAUGGAGCUCCCUGGAGCCUUUGUGCUCUCAUGUGACUGAACAUUUUGUGAUUGAAGCAGGGAAGGCUGUGACCCUCUACAAGGAGCCAGUGUCUAAGCUGCUGAGGAGAUGCGGCAACUGUACCCGGGAAAGCUGUGUGAUUUCCUUUUACCUUUCCGCUGGCCAUGAACUCUUGAGCCCAACCAACCAUUACUUCCUGUCCUCUCUGAAGGAUGCUGUGGGGCUCCUCAAUGCUCAUCUCACUGCCAACAUCUCUCAGCAGGGUGACACAUUUGUUUUUGAUCUGGAGACCUCAGCUGUGGCUCCCUUUGUUUGGUUGGAUGUGGGAAGCAUCCCCGGGAGAUUUAGUGACAAUGGUUUCCUCAUGACUGAGAAGACGCGAACUGUUCUAUUUUACCCUUGGAAGCCUACCAGCAAGAGUGAACUAGAGCGGCUUUUCCACGUGACCUCCCUGACAGAUAUUUACUAAAGGGCCUGGGUUGUGUUUUCAGUGGCACUGGAGAUAGAACCUUCUAGAGCACAGGCUGGAGAGGAAAGCAGCCAGAGUGAAGUUUAAGAAGCUGGGGCACAACUUAAGGGUGCUGUGAUGCUGUCACCCAUCAAGUUUGCACCGUAAAUAGUUUCAGGGAUGGUUGUCCCCAGUGAUGUCCCCAGACAGCGCUGCUCCCAGAUGGCCAGGAACUGUGUGUUCAGCCCUUCACCACACCAGUUAAAGCGCAGCAGGAGCAGUUAUAACUUGAUGGCCUUUCUGGGAGCCUCAGGAUGGCGUAUGGAGCCAAAUGUGAGCUGUUGAGGUAACAGAGGUCUUUCAUACUACUGUGAAAUGCUGAGGAAUGGAAAUGAAGUGCAUACUUACUGUUGCAGAGAAAAUGUGGUCUCAGAAGUUGUAAUUUCUUCCCAGCAGCCAUAUUGACUGCUGUUGCUAGAUUGUGGAAUUCUUGCCUUUGAUUAUCAUUUUGAGUUUCUUUUUGCAUUAUGAUUUUGUUGUAAAGUAUAGAUCUCUUUUUGGUGUUUUGAGUUAGGGUCUCACUGUAGCCCAGGUUGACCUGGAAUUCACUAUGUACUCUCAGGCGGGCCUCAAAUUCAUGACGAUCCUCCUACCUCUGCCUCCUGUAUACUGGAACCAAAGGUGUGUGCCACCAUGCCUGACUUAAAGAUUAGUUUUAACAGUAAGUACUUAUUGUUAAAAGGACUGUUGACUGCUCUUUCUUUCCUUCUUUCUUUCUUUGUUUCUCUCUCUCUGUUUCUUUCUUUUUUAAAGUAACAUAGGCAGGGCAUACUAGUACAUUCUUGUAAUCCCAGCACUCUGGGGGCAGAAGCAGAAUGAUCACAAGCUUGAACUAAGUAGGCUGACCCUGUAACUUUGGAAGUUUUCGUCUGUUCUCACACUGGGCUUUGUGUGGGCUUUAGAAUUUGACUGUACGCCAAAGAGAGAUUCCUGUUAGCUUAAGUUUAAAUCAUUUUAUUUACAUUGAUUAAUUAUAAGAUGACAUAAAUUAUUUUAUUAUGCAUCACAUUUAUAAAAUUACGCUGACAACAAAGAUAAAUGGUACAAAAUGUUAAUAAGUAGCUAAUUGGGGUAUUAGAG